AUGGCGGAAGCCGCGAAGAGAAAGAUGUUCGUCCCACUGGAGAACAAUCCAGAGGUCAUGACCAACCUCUCACGAGAACUUGGUCUCUCCUCAUCCCUGCAAUUCCACGAAGUCUACUCCCUCGACGAACCCAGUCUUCUUGAGUUUCUACCUCGACCCGCCGUUGCCCUGCUCUUAGUAUUUCCCGUCACCUCCACAUAUGAGAAAUUCCGAGCCGAAGAAGACUCAUCGGCGGAGGCAUACACCGCGUCAGGCGACCAAGAGCCCGUGAUCUGGUUUAAACAGACCAUCGGCAACGCUUGCGGUCUCAUCGGCCUAUUACACGCCAUCACGAACGGUGCAGCGAGAUCGAACAUCGUCGAAGGCAGUGAUCUGGAUAAAUUACUCAAGCAAGCCCUGCCCCUCAAACCGAUGGAACGCGCCGAGCUGCUCUACAAUAGCCCUACACUCGAAGCAGCCCACGCCGGUGCCGCCUCCAAAGGUGAAACAGAAGCACCAGAAGCUGACGCAGCUAUCGAUCUGCACUUUGUUGCAUUUGUCAAAGACAAAGAUGGCUACUUAUGGGAAAUGGAUGGCUCACGGAAAGGGCCGCUGAAGAGAGGCUUUCUAGGUCCGGAGGACGAUGUUUUGAGCGAGAAGGGUCAGGAGUUGGGUGUAAAGUCAUUCUUGAAGAGAGAAGAGGCCGCUGGUGGAGGUGAGUUGCGGUUUAGCGUUGUCAUGCUGGGGCCCAGCUUCGACUGA